AUGAUACAAAAGGAUCAUCUCUCUCUCUCUCUCUGUGAUUUACUUCAUCCAAUUAUUCACAUAAGUUAUACUAUUGAAUUGAAUAGUCGUGUAGUUCCAUGUGAAGCCUUAACAAUAACAGCUGUUUGUACACGAUCGUUUGAUAAAAUUCCUGCUGAUUUAAAAGCGCCAAUGGGCGGAACAAAAGGAGCUCUUCAAGUUGUAAAAGAAACGCGUAAAAAUGAUAAUGUACCACAUUUUGCCACACAUAAACCUGAUCAAGUUGAUUUUGAUUUGAUUUUUGUAAAUUUUAUAAUUGCAAUGGACGCAAUACGAAAACUUCGACGUUAUUUGAACGAUGAAACAGUGAGAAAAGUUAUGUGUCAUUUCUUUUAUUUAGUACUCGGUGAUUAUAUUUCACAACGACAACCGGAAAUUGAUCCAAAUCUCAUCGAUAAUUAUCAAGAACAUAAAACACAAAACUGGCAACUGAAGUUCAGAUCGCCAAGAUGA